UGUGAUAUCUUCAUUAUUCUUUAGUGCACAAUUGCCUGCAGUUGCAUUAUUCUUUUGUAAUUACAACUUGCACACUACACUGAAAUAUUAUAUUUUUUUCAUAAUUAUAGUCAUGAAAUAUGAUUUAUAUAGUGAAAAAAGCUACAUUAGUCAUUCUAUUGACGAUUGCAACAGUAUCAUGCAGAAUUCACAAACUGCCGCUUACGGAUGAUGAACGACAUUAUGUGGAUCUCACUACAUUCGGUUUCUUCAGCGGAGGGAUUCUGGAUGUGCGGAUGAUCAACUUUAAGCUACCCUCCGGCCCUGUAACUAGCGAGUAUGGAUUUACACUGGAUCGCACACUGAAUGAUGCUAUAAGUCCAUAUAUGGAUCCACAUCUAGACACAUGUUUUCUGAAGGAGAUCGAAAAGACCGGUGUCUCGCCACAGCAUCCUGCUAUUGUCUUAUUGAAAAUGGAUUUCAAUAAUUUAAGAUUAAAUAUUACUUGUAAAGGCGAGGUGAAAGCCCUAAACCUAUAUCAAAAUAGGUCAAUGAUACCAACAGACAGAACAAAGAGGCAGUCGCAGUUUAUGUUCGUAAAUAGGAAAAAGAGACAAGUAGAAGAUGAUAGUAAUGAAAUGUUCGGAACCCAGUGUUCACAUACGCUGCUGCCUAUUACCAAAGAAAGUCGGGGUGGAUUUGAUUAUUACAAUACAAGUUUCGCGAUGUAUGUGGCUUCGAACAAGGAGGAAGGAUUAUACAACCUUUAUUUCCACAACUGUCCUCGCUAUGUUAAUCCACCGCUUAUGAAUAUGAUGAUAGAAAUUUACGAGAGCAAUUACAGAGACAAUUAUCUAUCAGCCGGUGAGAUGCCACUGCCUACUCUGUACAGUGUGAUGUCAAUGAUAUUCUUCCUAAGCGCUAUCUUUUGGACGUACCUAUUGAAGACCAGUCGCCACUCUGUGUACAGAAUACAUAUUAUCAUGUGUGUGCUUGUGUACUUGAAAGCUUUAUCGCUGGCGUUCCACGGGAUAAACUAUCAUUUUAUACAAACUAGAGGAGAACAUGUGACGGCUUGGGCCAUACUCUAUUACAUCACGCAUUUGCUGAAAGGAGCAGUACUAUUUGUCACGAUUGUCCUUGUCGGCACCGGGUGGAACUUCAUAAAACAUAUUCUCGCAGAUAGAGACAAGAAGCUUUUUAUGAUUGUCAUACCAUUACAGGUGGUUGCAAAUGUUGCCGAGAUAAUAAUAGCGGAGAGUGAAGAGGGCGCAUUGGAGCACAACGCAUGGCGCGAUAUAUUCAUAUUAGUCGAUCUACUCUGUUGCGGUGCCAUUAUGUUCCCAGUUGUCUGGUCCAUACGUCAUCUACAAGACGCAUCAAGCACUGACGGCAAGGCGGCCAUCAAUUUACGCAAAUUGAAACUUUUCAGACAUUUUUACAUAAUGGUCUUGUGUUAUAUAUACUUCACCAGGAUAAUUGUUUAUUUGUUAAAGACGACAGUUCCAUUCCAAUAUUCGUGGAUUGACGAGAUGUUCCGCGAGAUGGCGACCUUCCUUUUCUUCGCUAUGACUGGCUACAAGUUCAGGCCUGCUGCUGCCAAUCCAUACUUCACACCAAACAACAUCGACGAGGUGGAGCCACAAGUAUUAACGGAUAUCGCAGUAUUGGAAGGCGUCACAAGGAUAUCCAACAGAAGUGAGAAGAAACGCGAAGACAUGCAACCACUGAUGCAAGAGACUAACUAUAUUUCAGACUAGUUAAUAUUUUAGGAAAUUAUUAUCUAGGUUUUUUUUAAAUACUAACAUUAGUGUUCGAAUCCAGUAUAGCAAUACUUUAGAUUUAAGUAUAGUGAAGUGCAAGGUUCUUAUUGCUGUUACGCCAGCUAAUGAAAACAAUGAUAAUUAUAAUUUUUAUUUACUGAGCAUAAUAAGUAUUGAAUGUUAUGAAGAACUGUACAAAAAUAUGUGAAAAAAUAGAAAAAGUCUCCAGCUGUAAGCUGAAAACGAGUUACAAAUACCUUUAGAAUGGCGCCGGUGUAACCAAUGAUUUUAGCGAUUUAUGGUGUGAAAUGCGCUGACUUAAAAUUAUCUAUCUACUACAUUGUUAUUUUAAUAAUGUACAAUACAUUGGAGUGCACACUUCCUAGUAAUGAACAAUAGACCAAUAGGAAAUUAAUAGCAGAAGUAUUCUUAAAAUACUUGAAACUUGCUCCUUAUGUAAUAAAGAGUAUAGAAGUGACCAUAUUUGGAAAGAUGUUGAACUAUUUUACUUAUUUUUUUGACUGAAAACUAACAAAUUAUCUAUUUUAAUAUUUUUCCUAAUAAUUAUGUAAUUUUCGGAAAAAUGAAACUUAAAAUUCUUAUGGUGUUUUCGAAUAAUUUAUACUACUUACUAUAUCGAAUUGCUGUCUAUAGCAUGAAUCAUAUGCUGACUGUUGCUGUUGAAUGAUUAAAUUGCAAACUCCGGAAGGAAUGUCUUAUUAACGGAUUUAAUGAUAAUUAACUGAAUAUUCAUUAGCGGCAAUUUUUGGAACUUCUCUCGGCCGUUAAUCGGUGUAUUUAAAGGCAAACAAUACGAACCUUGUAUACAUAAGUAGUUUAUUCUGUUGACCACAUUGAAUUUGUGAUUAAUUGUUAAGGUGAUUAGCAAAUUAACUUUUACUAUAAAAAUUAUAGAACAUUAAGUUUAACAAUAUAUGUAUUUAUAGCGGCGCAUACUUUCGACGCAUGCCAAGGUAUUGUGAAGGGCCACUUAUAAGCAAUAUAGUUAUAUAAUAAUCUAUAAUAUAUUGUUAUAGCAUUGAUAUAUUAUAUACUAACACGUCAGAGAAAACAAUGCUUCUAUCCAUACAUACCUUGUGUCUUAUAUAAAAAAGUACCUUAGAUUUUACUUCCUUCAAUU